AGGCACUGUUCGUUAGCUAACUUAGCUAGCUAUUGAUUUAGCUAAUGCUAGCUAUAUUAAGUAAGUGUACGGAAAUGGCCGUAACGAGGAAGUCUAAGCUUAGCUAGCUAGUUAACUAACAACGAACGGGCAGGUAAUGUAACGUUAGCUAACAUUUGCUAGGGAAACGUGACAUUACGUAAUAGGUUACACGUGAUGUUGGUGCAAGUACAUUAGCAUUGUCAACAAUGCUUGGGCGUGCAAAUUCUUCACCAGUAACUCACCGACUGCAGCAGUUCUCGAGAUUGGAGCACCUGCACUGAUUUGUGAAAACAUUCUGAAAUAAUACUACUACUACUACUACUGCUAAUAAAACUAUGUCAGCAAUGCGCAGACCAAGGUACUCCCUGUUUUGGGAGGAGACCGAAUGCCUGAAUUACUACGGUAUGCUGUCCCUUCAUGAGAUAUUCGAAAUCGUUGGGUCCCAGUUGACGGAAACUGACGUCGAAGUUCUGUCGUUCCUUUUGGACGAAACGUACCCUGGAACUCAUCCCCUCGACCCAGCGGGCUGGACUCCCGAGGUCUGUCCCGAAAACCCCGAGGCGAGGGAGGGCGUUUCCCCAAGUCCAAGACUGCUAGAGGCCUGGCGUCGGCUCCAGCCUCGGGGGUCCUCAUGCCCUGCCGCAGCUCGACACAAGCCCAAGAGCGGCUUAGACCUACUGCUGGAACUUGAAAGGCGUGGGUACCUCAGCGAAGGAAACCUGGAACCACUGUUGCAGCUGCUGCGGGUACUGACGCGACACGACCUCCUGCCCUUUGUCUCGCGAAAGAAAAGGAGAACAGUGUCCCCAGAUCGUUGCGCUGCAGAAUAUUUCGGCGAGGAUCACAGGGAAGUUGGCUCAUCUGGACUGACGGACUCCAACGGACAGACGGGUGGUACCCAGGACCAAUUACAAGGCCAGUGGAGGGCAGGUGUUGACCCGUCCAGACCGACACCCUCCUCCUCUCGGCGGAAACGGGGCCGCGGCCGGGGCCGGGGCCGGGGCCGGGGCCGGGGCCGGCACUGCAGCGCGGCAGGUGGCGCCGCCAGCAGGACCGGGGAGGAACUGCAGGAGGCCGCUCCGCCGGCCCAGCAGCAGCAGCAGGCCCCGCCAGCGCAGGAGAAAGUCACCUGCGACAUCCGGCUGCGCGUGCGGGCGGAGUACUCGGAGCACGACUCUGCGCUGCGGGGGGGCGUCUCCUCGGACAAGCAGCAGCCGCUGGAGCGGCAGUUCGAGCUGUUCAGCCGGGCCAGCUCCGUGCUGCGGGCGCGCGACCUGGGCUCCAUCAUCUGCGACAUCAAGUUCUCCGAGCUGGGCAACCUGGACGCCUUCUGGAGCGACUACCUGAGCGGGGCGCUGCUGGAGGCUCUGAAGGGCGUCUUCAUCACGGACUCGCUGAAGAGGGCGGCCGGGCGCGAGGGCGUCAGGCUGCUGGUCAGCGUGGACCAGGACGACUACGAGGAGGGCCGGAGGCUACUGCUGCAGGGACACGACAGGGCCUGGUGCUAGGCCUGAGCAGGUCCUGACCUGCUCCAGUCGAUUGGAGAAGGAGGGAUGAGGAGGAAGGAGGAAACGUCUCUCCUGUUCUCCUCCCUCCAUUCCGAAGGCGUGGCCCAAGGCCCAAAGCACAAGAGCGCAGAAGCACCGAGCCUGAGACGCAGAUGCCCCUGACGACCCUGACAAGACUGAGCGUGCAGCCCUCUCUGUACCACACACACCUUAACCUGAGCUGUGUUCCCCACUGCAGGCUGAACCCCACACACACACACACACCUUAACCUGAGCUGUGUUCCCCACUGCAGGCUGAACCACACACACACACACACACACACACACACACACACACCUUAACCUGAGCUGUGUUCCCCACUGCAGGCUGAACCCCACACACACACACACACACACACACACACACACACACACACACACACACACACACACACACACACAC